UAUAGAGAGUGAAUAAUGCAUCAGAUGCAAACCAAGGUGAUAAUUUUGUGUAGAUCGUCACAUCUUCUCUUUAAGACAAAUACUUUUGGUAGAUUCUUCAGUCAAACAGCCAGCAUGUCUUCACUUGUAAAGGACAAAGCUUAUGUGGAUGGUCAGUGGAUAUCUGCCAAAAAUGGUGCUACUUACGAAGUGACUAAUCCUGCCAGUGGAGAAGUUGUUGGCAAAGUUCCAGAUAUGAAUGCCUCUGAUGCAGAGGCAGCAGUACAAGUUGCAUACAAAGCUUUUCAGAGCUGGAAGAAAACUACAGCAAAGGCUCGAGGUGAAGCUCUGAAGAAAGCAUAUAGAAUGAUGCUUGAUAAUAAAGAUGAGCUAGCAAAAUUAAUCACAUUGGAAAAUGGUAAACCUCUAUCAGAUGCUGCAGGAGAAGUAGGGUAUGGUGCGAGUUUUUGCGAGUGGUUUGCAGAGGAAGGGAGACGUGUGCAGGGCAACAUAGUCUGCAGCCCGUUUCCGACUAAACGAAUAAUGACCUUGAAACAGCCUAUCGGAGUCUGUGGCAUGAUAACUCCAUGGAAUUUUCCAAAUGCUAUGAUAACAAGAAAAGCAUGUGCACUUUAUGCAGACAAUGAUCUAGCUUUGUUUGAGAAAGCAGGUAUACCCAAAGGCGUAUUUAAUGUUAUAACAUGUGAUAGAGGUAACGCCCCAGCAGUUGGUAAAGUUUUAUGUGAGAGCCCUCUAGUGUCACUUAUCUCUUUUACCGGAUCUUCUGGAGUUGGAAAGAUAUUACUUCAACAAAGUGCGAAUACAGUAAAGAAGUGUAGUAUGGAACUAGGAGGAAAUGCUCCAUUUAUUGUAUUUGAUAGUGCUAAUGUAGAGAAUGCAGUGGCUGGUGCCAUGGCUUCAAAAUUCAGGUGUUCUGGGCAGACGUGUGUAAGUGCUAAUAGAUUUCUAGUACAGGAGGGUGUGUAUGAUGCCUUUGUGAAGAAGUUGGGUGAGACGAUGGAUAAACAAUUGAAAGUGGGUGCUGGUUUGGCUACUGGCACAACACAGGGUCCUCUUAUCAACUCCAGGGCCGUUGAUAAGGUGGAAACAUUUGUUCAAGAUGCUGUAAAACAAGGAGCAAAGGUUGUUUGUGGUGGUGAGAGAAGUUCUCUUGGACAAACAUUUUAUGAACCAACAUUGUUACAAGAUGUCACACCGGACAUGCUGUGUGCGAGAGAGGAAAUAUUCGGCCCUGUAGCAGGUGUUCAGAAAUUUAAAACAGAAGAGGAAGCACUCAUCUUAGCCAAUGGGACGUCUGCUGGUCUGGCAGGUUAUGUUUACACUAAUGACCCUGCCCAACAAUGGCGGAUAGCGGAGGCUCUGGAAUAUGGAAUCGUAGGUGUAAAUGAAGGACUAUUUUCAACCCCAGAGGCCCCGUUUGGCGGUUACAAAGAGUCAGGACUUGGGAGAGAAGGUGGGAUAGGGUUUGGAAUAGAGGAGUACCUGGAAGUUAAAUAUGUUUGCAUGGGGGGAAUGUCAUGAGAUGCUAGACUUUUAUCAAAUUAAAUAAUUAUCACUAAAAGGAUGUUAAUAAUGUGGGAUUUGUACGGUUUGUAAAAUUUGGCGCAAUAACUCGGCGGAUUUCUUUAUAUGUAUUGAAUGUCGUGCUAUUUUUAGAAAUUUUGCUGCAUUGUGUCAAGUAUUUACCAUUCUUGAUCAGCAUGUAUGGACCGCCUCUAUGUGCAUAUGUAAAUCAUAAAGUUUAUGGGACCUAACAGGAGUAUUUGUUUUGUGUAGAUGUAUCAAAGAAGACUUUUGUCUAGAAAAGCUGAAAAUGCAAGCCAAUGGAGAGUAUUAUUAAACAGUAUCAUAUAACUGAAGCUUACAUAAAUAUGUUCCUUCAUUAAGUGUUGGCGUGCCUUUAAAUAUAAUAUUAUGGAUGAUGUCGUGUACAACAAAAAAGUAUAGCGACUAUUAGAGGGUGAACUUUAAUCUGUAUUGUACCCCUUAAAAUUAUUAACCUCUUAGUAUGUACACCGGACAAGACAUUUUUCUAGAUAAUUGUGUUCAAUUAAAGUUAAUUACAAACAGUGCUUUGUACAUCAAAUUAAAUCUGUUUAUUUGCAUCUUUUUUUCUUUCCUUAUUCUUUGAACUCUAGUAACUGCAUAAUUAUAUAGUCCAAUACUGUAGUUCUGAGAGAAUUUCUUCUUUUCAUACAUCGUGUGCCAUCUUUUAUGUAUGUUAGCUUUUUCUGUUAUAGGCCAUUUUUCUUUUCUGCUUUGAUAUAACAUAAUGUUUAUAGUAUGCUAUCUGUUGUUUACUAAAUUAUUAUGAAUUCCAUGAAUUUUUAUUAGAUUUUAGGGUGAAGGUAUUUUUUUUAAAGAUUUUUCCCCCUGUUACAUAAUUAUUAAAGAUUUAUACAGAAUAAAAGAUAUGAAAUAUUUAAAA